UGAAAAGCUAGUGUGUCACGCUAACUUUUAGGUGCAGCAAUAUAGUGCCGGCAAAAGUCGAGGUGUUGGCCGUGUCAAACAAGCCAGACGGAGGCGAAGGGGUUGCACGGGUAGCUGGGCACCGGCAGCGGCACGCCUGCGAAAUCGGAGGCGGAACGGCUGAGGCCCGAAUUAGAUUUGAGGCAAAAGAAUGCAAAAGCUGCUCCUGACGCUGCUCCUCGCGGGGGGCGCCUGCGGCCACCUCCGCGGCGCCGCGCCGGAAGAAGGCCGCAACCUGCGCAUCUUCCUCAACGAGCGCGUCGCCGGCCCGCGCGGCCAGCGCGACGGCGUCGGCCCCGACAACAAAAACGCGCGCGCGCGGAGGCGCGCGAGGCAGCACCUGCGGGCCCAGAAGAAAGAACAGAGACGCCUCCAGGAGCCGGACCCCGAAGACGACGAGUAUUACCACGACGACGAUUUCCGAUAUGAAGAUACCGUCGAGGACGCGCGCGAGGCGUUUAUUUUCUUCGUCGUCGUGGCCUGCUUCGUGUGCUGCUGCUGCGGGAGCUGCGCCGCGCGGCGUUUAGCAAGGCGGAACUACCCCCACGGGCGGGAGUUGCGAAGGCCGCUCCUCGACGACACGGACGCCGAAGUGGCGCUCGGUUCUAGUGGCGAGGACUGGCCCUGCCCCGUCUGCCGCCACGCGAAUCCUCCAUCCAGAGCGUGCUGCGACGUCUGCCGCUUGUCGAGGAAGGACGCGCUGUCGCGAAAGGACGCGUACGAAAACGAGGCCCGGAGGGUUAAUGGGUUGGAGGCGAGGAAGGAGCCCGCCUCGCCUUCUCUCGCGAACUUCUUUUCUCGUUCUACCGAUGAGGAAGAGGCUCCUAUCAGGUUAACACCGUUGCAACAACGAGCGGCUAGACGGCACCGCUGGCGUCGAGCGGUUGAGAAUGAUGGUAUCGUGUGGCGCGGCGACGACAGUUCACCUGCAUCGGUCGUGCUUGAACUAAGGGAGGACAACGCGGUGAUUGUGGAGGCGGCCGGCGCCACUGCAGAUUUAGUAGGCGAGGGGUCGCUCGGCCACGAAUACGCGUCUCGAACUAAGCCCGACGAAUUGGAACGGGCUUCAGGAUUACCCUUCCGCGAGAAGUACCUCUGGUUCGAGCGGGAAUUGGAUUCUAUAAGAAGCGCGCCGGGCGAUGGUUAUGCGCGGCUCGACGUGAGAAGGGAUCGCUUAUUGGAGGACAGCGUCCAGCAGCUCUUGGCGCUGGAGCCCAAACAUUUAAGAAGGUGGAUGCGGGUCCAAUUUAGCGACGAGCCCGGUAUUGACGUGGGCGGCUUGGAACGGGAGUGGUUCUCGUUGGCGUGUGGUGCGAUUCUGGACCAGGACGUGGGCGUGUUUAGCGGCGCUUCCGAUGGUGGCUUGAGGUUCGAUCCUAGUGCGUCUUUGCCUCCAGACCUCGGGGGCCACCCGCGGUCCCGAGAGCUCUACGAGUUCUUCGGGCGGUUCAUCGGCAAGGCUUUACUAGAAAGGGUACCCUUGGACGCUCGGUUGGCCUCGCCCAUCUACGCGCAGCUGCUCGGCAGAGUCGUCGCGUUCGAGGACCUACAAUGUUUAGAUGAUGAUCUAGCGAAGAACCUGCGGUGGCUGCUCGACCAGAAGGACGUCAGUGAACUAGGCCUCGACUUCUCCGUCUCGAUCGCGAGGCGGUGCCCCUUCGGUCACGGUACUUCAUCAAACGACGAGUUCGUCGCCGCUUCACAAGAUGUGGUGGUCAGGGAGCUGAUUGAAAAUGGCCGCGACACGCCAGUGACGAACGACAACGUCCAGGACUACGUGCGGUUGUUGUGGCGGCACCACGCCUGUGCGAAUGACGCUGCGUGGCACUUAGCUAGAGGGUUGUACGCCGUGCUGCCUCCUGAUUUACUAUCAGUCUUCGACGCUUAUGAAUUAGAACUACUAUUAUGUGGAGCGGAGGAGGUUGAUGUGGACGACUGGGAAAAACAUACGGAGUACGCCGGUGAAUAUAGGAGGCGCGGCGCGAACCAUCCUGUGGUAAAGUGGUGGUGGAGAGCGGUACGAGCGUUGGAGCCCCAGGACCGCGCCAAAUUGCUCCAGUUCUGCACGGGGUCCGCGCGCGUGCCGUCGUUCGGCUUCCGGGCGUUGCAGCGGAACGACGGGCGCUUCCAGCGGUUCUGCGUGCAGUCGCUACCGCGAACGGCGCCGCGCUUCCCGCGCGCGCACACGUGCUUCAAUAGGGUCGACCUGCCGCUGUACGCGUCUUAUGCUGAAUUAGCCGCGGGGUUGAGGGUGGUGCUGGCCAUGGAGGCGACGGGCUUCACGAUGGACUAGAUGGUCCCUUUUAAUUCUCAUUCGUGUGUCUCGAGAAAGUACGUCUUAGUACGUAGAA